ACUGUGGUGGAGUGAGUGAAAGAGAGAGAGAGAGGUUCGCGCGCGUUUUGGGCCUGCUUGGGAUUGUGGGCCUUUACGCGUGCCGCUCUUUCCCUCCCACGAUUCUCUCCGUGGCGCUCCUGAAACUAUGUCGGAAGGAGUAGACCUCAUCGAUAUCUACGCCGACGAAGAGUUUAACCAGGACUCUGAAUUUAGUAAUACUGACCAGAUGGAUCUAUAUGAUGACGUGCUAGCUGCCAGCUCACAACCUUCUGAAAGUUGCACUAGCAGCUCUGAGCCACCAGUCGAAAGCCGCCAAGAACAAUCUCCUAAGUCAAAUAGCAAAUCGCCUGCUAUUUUGUAUACAUACAGUGGACUGCGCAAUAAAAGGGCUGCUGUUUAUGUGGGCAGCUUUUCUUGGUGGACAACUGACCAGCAAUUGAUCAGAAUAAUCCGCUCCAUAGGUGUUUAUGAUGUUGUGGAGCUGAAAUUUGCUGAGAACAGAGCUAAUGGCCAGUCUAAAGGAUACGCAGAAGUGGUGGUUGCUUCUGAGAAUUCAGUCCACAAACUUCUAGAGCUGCUGCCAGGGAUGAUUCUAAACGGAGAUAAAAUAGAAGUCAAGUUGGCUACCCGGCAAAACCUUGCACAGUUUGAGGCACAAGCCCGAAAACGGGUGCCUCCAAUGGCUCACUCAAGGGAUUCCUCAGACUCUCUCGAUGGCCGAGCAACUCCAACAGAGAAUGCUAUCCCACCACCACGCAUUGAGAAGCCUCCCGUUUUACCUUUCUUCAACCGUCCUCCCUCUGCGCUUCCUCUGAUGGGGCUGCCCCCGCCACCCAUACCGCCCCCUCCACCACUUACUUCAAGUUUUGGAGUUCCCCCUCCCCCUCCCGGUAUCCAUUACCAGCAUCUCAUGCCUCCCCCACCUCGACUUCCCCCCCACUUAGCUGUGCCACCUCCAGGGUCAGUGCCACCUGCCCUGCACCUCAAUCCAGCUUUCUUCCCACCCCCAAAUCCAGCCAUGGGGCCUCCGCCUGAUGCCUACAGCAAGGCUUCUGCACCAUAUAAUCACAGCAGCAGGGAUUUGGGCCCAUUACCUCCACCUGUUGGUGAAGCAGAAUUUGAUGAUAUCAUGAACAGGAAUCGAGCAAUUUCCAGCAGUGCUAUAUCUAAGGCUGUAUCUGGGGCCAGUGCAGGGGAUUACAGUGAUGCCAUUGAGACCCUGCUUACAGCCAUUGCUGUAAUUAAACAGUCCCGUGUAGCAAAUGAUGAGCGGUGUCGGGUCCUUAUCUCUUCACUUAAGGAUUGCCUUCAUGGCAUUGAAGCCAAGUCUUACAGCAUGGGCACUGGCAGCAGCAGCAGUUCCUCAAGAAAAAGACAUCGGUCACGGGAUAGGUCACCUAGUCGGUCACGUGAGAGCAGUAGGAGGCACCGAGAGGUGGUUCAUAAUGAAGAUCGACAUGAGGACUAUUUCCAAGAAAGAAGCCGGGAGCACGAGAGACACAGAGACAGGGACAGAGAAAGAGAUCGGCAUCAUUGAGAGAAGGAUGCUGGAAGCAUUCAGUGUUUUUAUGGACUUAUAUCCUGUCCUUAAUCAAGACUAAAGGAUGGGGGAUUCUCCACCCACUCCUUCCCGCUGCCCUCUGCUCUUUCCAGACCCCUUGGAAGUGACUUUGCCUGUAGGACUCGAUUUGGCACACUAUGGCACUAAGACUUGAGUUUUUCAUAAGUGUGCUGCUGCUGCUGCUGUCGCUUGAUGGAGGAACACUGAAUGACUUGGAGUUUGGGAGGGGUUGUCUGAGCCACUGUGACCAGGGGGCCAUUUCAAUCCAUGGAUUCUUGGACCCAAAGAGAAUGGUGCUUUCCACAGAGGUCUGUCACCUCUUUCCUUUCCAUGGCGUUUUAGAAACACCCCUGGAGGAAUACAUCCAGCUUUUCUCCUAUAGGAAGACCUCAUGCUUCAGCACAGCACAAGGUAUAUUACCAUAGCCUCACUGGAGUUUAUGUUCAAAAUUCAAACUGCAUUGUCUUCUUAGGCAUCAGUGCAUAGAGUCCUCCUGAAUUUUUGAUCCUUUUUUCCAAAGCAGCUUCAGUUUUGCACUCUAACAGCUUUGUACACAGCUUAGAAAAGUUUUGUUUUCCUUUUCUGGGAUGAGAACAGGCUAGUUGCUGCUUCCAGUCAUGCCUCUUCUUAAUUCCUGAAAAUUGUCAUACCAAUUUAACCUAAUGUCUUUUAGGAGGGACUGUACUGUUAAACUUGCCCACAAAAUUGAGUCUCUCUUAAAAAAAUAAAGGUACCUUUAGCUACUGCAGGAACUCUAUCCACAGGUGAUUUAUUGACAAAUUCCUUGCUUUGUUUCAUGCAUUAACUGCUCUGAUUGUAAUUUCUUACACAAGCAUUUGUUUUCAAGGCCAUUCUUUCCCAGCAUAUCACCUUCCUUGUUGUAGAGGAAGAGUUGUGACUAGAUACAGAAACAUGGAAUUGGGGCAAAGUCAAGCUGAGGCUUCUGGACAUUAUUGAUUAGAGCACACCUUGAGCAUUUUAAAUUUUGUGUGAUGUAAGUGUUGAAUUAAGGUCCAAAACUACCCUUGCUCCCAAUCUCAUUUGGAAUUUUCCCUUUGAUGGGAUUCACUCACACGUUUGCUUCAGUGACAUAAUAAAACCUUAGUGGUCUCUGGCAUGCCAGCCUUGGAAAAGAACAAAGUUAAAUUCUUAUUAUGUAAACAUAGAACUAGGAUUCCUGGAUCCAAUGAGCCUUUCGGCUGGCAACCAAUUGAAAGCAGAAACACAUUACAUGAGGAUCCUUAUGGAAAACCAGUGGCUGCAGAAAUCUUGAUUCAAGUGUCAUCUUUGAAAUAUAACUUUUUGAGAUGUGCAUUUUGGUUUUCAGUGCUCCAUCCUAGCACCCCAGUUACACAAAAUCAAGUUACAUACCCUGGAUUUCUUUAGUAAGACCAAGCAUCUAUUAUAUCGUGACUAUCCAACUGCAUGGUGAAGCCCUCCUCAUAGAAGGAUCUGUCUUUUUCUCAAGAGAACAAUUGGAUAGAUUAAAGAGGAUGACUCUGUCACCAAGGGAUAUGAUGCCUCCUUUGUGCUAUUGAUCCAAGAGAGUCUAAGGUCAAUGUUUUUUUAAGAGGAAACAAAAAGUUAAUGUAAGCCAGCGGAGAGAGCUUAAACUGUAAAGUAUACAAUACAGAUUGGAAAAGUUGCUUUUUACCUAAUGGGACAUUUUUAGUUUGUUUUGAAAUAAUGGAAGAAAAAAAGAAGAAGAAAAACAGACAACAGAAAACAUAACUUCAGUUCCCUUCUACUCUCCCACUCCUGUUCUUCGUGAUUUGAUUUGUUUGUCUUUUUCUGAUAGGUUGAAAAUUGUGUAAUAAACUUGAUGAUAUUGUCAA